AUGUGCCCCACCAACUCGGAUUCUUGGUUCUCCGACAAUUCGUCUUCGGCCGAUGCACCAAUCGAUGGCCUUGUGAACGGAACGUUCUUCACCCGCGACGAGUACGAUCGUCUCAAGAAUCCGUCGAAUUUCGAUGCUCCGGACUUUUCCUGGAUGCACGAAGAAUGGUAUAUUCGAGAAAUUGAGCGGAUCAGACACGUCGAUCCGAUUGCUUUGGAUGAAUCGGAAUCGGACGACGUACAGCCACCAAAGUCCAAAGAUCCAGAGCAUUCGGCUUUGACUGAAGACAAAUCGGGUUCGGAUGUCUCACUGGAAUCUUUGGAUCAAUCUAAUUCGAGCUCCAACUACUCUGCUCCGGAAUGCGAACAUUCCUCUUCAGUUUGGGAUCAAAAUGCCCUGAAUACUCUUCGAAUCUCCCAAUGA